AUGUGGCCAGAUAUUCUUGAUAAAGCAAGACGUGGAGGACUAAACUUAAUCCAAACAUAUGUAUUUUGGAAUGGUCAUGAACCUGAGAAAGACAAGGUGAAUUUCGAAGGCCGGUAUGAUUUGGUGAAAUUCCUUAAGCUUGUACAAGAGAAAGGAAUGUAUGUUACCCUUAGAAUUGGCCCUUUCAUCCAAGCUGAAUGGAAUCACGGAGGACUUCCAUAUUGGCUAAGAGAGGUCCCUGACAUCAUAUUCCGUUCUAACAAUGAACCUUUUAAGAAAUACAUGAAAGAAUAUGUAUCAAUUGUUAUAAAUAGAAUGAAAGAAGAAAAACUCUUUGCUCCUCAAGGAGGCCCUAUCAUCUUGGCUCAGAUUGAGAAUGAGUACAACCACAUCCAACUUGCUUAUGAAGCUGAUGGAGAUAAUUAUGUUCAGUGGGCUGCAAAAAUGGCAGUUUCACUAUAUAAUGGAGUUCCAUGGGUCAUGUGCAAGCAGAAGGAUGCUCCUGAUCCAGUUAUUAAUGCAUGCAAUGGAAGGCACUGUGGUGAUACCUUUACAGGUCCAAACAAACCAUACAAACCUUUCAUAUGGACUGAAAACUGGACUGCUCAGUAUAGAGUAUUUGGAGAUCCACCAUCUCAAAGAUCUGCAGAAGACAUUGCCUUCUCAGUUGCUCGCUUCUUCUCUAAGCAUGGAUCUUUAGUCAACUACUAUAUGUAUCACGGUGGAACAAAUUUUGGUAGAACAACCUCAGCCUUUACAACAACACGUUACUACGACGAAGCUCCUCUUGAUGAGUUUGGCCUACAAAGAGAACCAAAAUGGAGUCACCUAAGGGAUGCGCACAAGGCUGUAAACCUAUGUAAGAAGUCUCUACUCAAUGGUGUGCCUACCACACAAAAAAUUAGCCAGUAUCAUGAGGUUAUAGUCUAUGAAAAGAAAGAAAGUAAUUUAUGUGCUGCUUUCAUCACUAACAACCACACCCAAACAGCAAAAACAUUAAGUUUCAGAGGUUCAGACUAUUUUUUGCCACCACGUUCCAUCAGCAUUCUUCCUGAUUGCAAGACUGUGGUCUUCAACACUCAAAAUAUUGCUUCACAACACAGUUCAAGACACUUUGAGAAAUCAAAGACUGGAAACGAUUUCAAGUGGGAGGUGUUUUCUGAGCCUAUACCAAGUGCCAAGGAAUUGCCAUCCAAACAAAAACUUCCUGCAGAACUUUACAGCUUGCUUAAGGACAAAACUGAUUAUGGGUGGUACACCACGAGUGUGGAGUUGGGUCCAGAAGACAUACCAAAGAAGAGUGAUGUAGCACCCGUUCUUCGUAUUCUGAGUCUUGGACAUUCAUUGCAGGCCUUUGUAAACGGAGAAUACAUCGGAUCCAAACAUGGUAGCCAUGAAGAGAAAGGUUUUGAAUUCCAGAAACCUGUAAACUUUAAGGUUGGAGUUAACCAGAUAGCUAUCUUGGCUAAUUUAGUAGGACUACCUGAUAGUGGAGCAUACAUGGAACACAGAUAUGCUGGACCUAAGACUAUAACCAUCCUAGGUUUGAUGUCUGGAACAAUUGACCUCACUUCUAAUGGUUGGGGUCAUCAGGUUGGUCUCCAAGGUGAGAAUGAUAGCAUUUUCACCGAGAAGGGAUCAAAGAAAGUAGAAUGGAAAGAUGGCAAGGGAAAAGGAUCAACUAUCUCCUGGUACAAGACAAAUUUUGAUACACCAGAAGGAACAAACCCAGUUGCCAUCGGAAUGGAAGGUAUGGCAAAAGGAAUGAUUUGGGUUAAUGGUGAAAGCAUUGGUCGUCACUGGAUGAGCUACCUCUCUCCUCUUGGAAAGCCUACUCAAUCAGAGUACCACAUUCCAAGAUCUUUCCUUAAACCAAAAGACAACUUGCUUGUAAUAUUCGAAGAAGAGGCAAUAAGUCCAGACAAGAUUGCUAUACUAACUGUCAACAGAGAUACAAUAUGCAGUUUCAUCACAGAGAAUCACCCUCCUAAUAUUAGGUCAUUUGCAAGUAAGAACCAAAAACUCGAACGUGUGGGGGAGAAUCUGACUCCAGAAGCUUUUAUCACGUGUCCGGACCAGAAAAAAAUUACGGCUGUUGAGUUUGCAAGCUUUGGUGAUCCUUCGGGUUUCUGUGGAAGCUUUAUUAUGGGAAAAUGUAAUGCACCUUCCUCCAAGAAGAUUGUUGAGCAGCUAUGCUUAGGAAAACCAACUUGUUCGGUUCCAAUGGUCAAAGCAACUUUCACCGGUGGCAAUGAUGGUUGUCCAGAUGUUGUGAAGACGCUUGCAAUCCAAGUGAAGUGUGGAUGAGUUGAGCUAGUGAUUUGGUUGGUGAAGUUGAUGGAGUCCAUGAGCUCAAUUUUUUGUUUGUUUUAUUUUUUUUUAGCAAAAAAUA